GGUAAAGAUGGACGUUCACGAUCUCUUUCACCGGCUUGGCGCGGGGGCCAAAUUCGACGUGAGACGCUUCUCUGCAGACGCAGCCCGAUUCCAGGUAGGAAAAAGGAAGAAUGAUUCUUCAGAGGUGAUGCGGGGACUAGACUUUUUUGGAAACAAGAAGUCUGUCUCAGGUGCAUGUGGAGCAUCACAAACACAUCAGGAGCUCCAAAAUGAAGAGAAAAAAGAGAACCUAACUGAAAGGAAGAGGGAGCAGAACAAGAAGAGGAAGAAGAUGACUUCAGAAAUUACUUCUCAAGGAGAAGGUACUACUAUACAGUGGAUGUCAUCUGUGGAAGCAAAGAUUGAAGAUAAAAAAGUUAAAGGAGAAAAUAAACUAACUUCCAGAAAGUUGGAAUAUCUCAGAAAGGAAAAGAUAAAUUUCUUCCGGAAUAAACACAAAAUUCACAUUCAAGGAACUGAUCUUCCUGACCCAAUUGCUACAUUUCAGCAACUUGACCAGGAAUAUAAAAUCAAUUCUCGACUGCUUCAGAACAUUCUAGAUGCAGGCUUCCAAAUGCCUACUCCAAUCCAAAUGCAAGCCAUUCCAGUUAUGCUGCAUGGUCGGGAACUUCUAGCUUCUGCUCCUACUGGAUCUGGAAAAACUCUGGCUUUUAGCAUUCCUAUUUUAAUGCAACUGAAACAACCCACAAAUAAAGGCUUCAGAGCCUUGAUUAUAUCACCAACACGAGAACUUGCCAGCCAGAUUCACCGAGAGUUAAUAAAAAUUUCUGAGGGAACAGGAUUCAGGAUACACAUGAUCCACAAAGCGUCAGUGGCAGCCAAGAAAUUUGGACCUAAAUCAUCUAAGAAGUUUGAUAUUCUUGUGACUACUCCAAAUCGACUAAUCUAUUUGUUAAAGCAAGAUCCACCAGGAGUAGACCUAACAAGUGUGGAGUGGCUGGUAGUAGAUGAGUCAGACAAACUGUUUGAAGAUGGCAAAACUGGGUUCAGAGACCAGCUGGCUUCCAUUUUCCUGGCCUGCACAUCCCACAAGAUCAGAAGAGCUAUGUUCAGUGCAACUUUUGCAUAUGAUGUUGAACAGUGGUGCAAGCUCAACCUGGACAGUGUCAUUACUGUAUCCAUUGGAGCAAGGAAUUCUGCAGUAGAGACUGUAGAACAAGAACUUGUCUUUGUUGGGUCUGAGACUGGAAAACUUCUGGCCAUGAGAGAACUUGUUAAAAAGGGUUUCAAUCCACCUGUUCUUGUUUUUGUUCAGUCCAUUGAAAGGGCUAAAGAACUUUUUCAUGAGCUCAUAUAUGAAGGUAUUAAUGUAGAUGUUAUUCAUGCAGAGAGAACACAGCAACAGAGAGAUAACACAGUUCACAGCUUCAGAGCAGGAAAAAUCUGGGUUCUUAUUUGUACAGCCUUGCUGGCAAGAGGGAUUGAUUUUAAAGGUGUGAACUUGGUAAUCAACUAUGACUUUCCAACCAGCUCAGUGGAAUAUAUCCACAGGAUAGGUCGGACUGGAAGAGCAGGGCAUAAGGGAAAAGCUGUUACGUUUUUCACCGAAGAUGACAAACCAUUAUUAAGAAGUGUCGCCAAUGUUAUACAGCAGGCUGGUUGUCCUGUACCAGAGUACAUAAAAGGUUUCCAAAAAUUACUAAGCAAACAAAAGAAAAAGAUGAUUAAGAAACCAUUGGAAAGGGAAAGCAUUAGUACAACUCCAAAAUAUUUCUUAGAAAAAGCUAAGAGUAAACGGAAAAAGGCCACUGGUCAGAACAGCAAGAAAAAAGUAGCUCUUGAAGACAAAAGUUAAAAACAGACCUUUUGAAAGACUAUCCCAGAAAUGUAAUUUUACUCUCCCAGUGUAAAUGUUGUUUUCAUAGAAUACUUCAAGUGUUACCAUCACCUGUACCAAACAUUUGAAACCAACUACAAGCACGGGGAUUGCUGAAAAAUGAUUCUAAAGUAUCAAUGCAUCAUGUCAAAUUUCAGUUUGUAUGUGACUUUUAAGUGAUUAUACAAUGGAAAUUUCAUUGACAUUUCUGGGUUUGGAUCCAGAGAGAUACUUCUUAUAGAAGAACAAAAGCUUAUGCUAAAAAUAACAAAACCCAAAUGUGGUGAACUUUUACGGAUUUUUCCUUCAAGUGUGAAGGAAGGUGUGAUGUAUGCUGUGGAAAGGCAUCUGAAACAGAAUUUCAAAACAUGAGACUGAAUGCCGCUUCCACCUCCACACACUUUGAUGGAUGAGAUGAAGCACAGGCUAUCCACCAAGAAGAAACCUACUGCUCUUUAUUUUACUAUUUCUUAAUUUGUUCAUGGCCUUUUGUGGUGUGAGCCACAACAAAGAGAUGCCUCUUCUGAGGCUGGUUAUUCAAGUUCCCUAGGAUUUUAAAUUUGUUGGUCUUAAUUGUCCUAUACCUCAUUGGUAAGGUAGCUUAUACCUUAGCUAUCAUAAUGUUGCAACUACAAGGUUAUGAUCAUCCUCUCUCCCUUUCUUCAUUUUCCAUCAUUUAACCAUGCUCUUUACUAUCUCUUUCCACUUAAAGUGAUUUUACUUGAAAAUUGAUAAACAUUCUAUCCUGAUAAGGAAGAAUGUUCCUGUUACUUUAUAUACCUCUGGCUUCAUUCUCUUACAGCUUAUCUUUCCUGAGGCAUGAUGAAUUUCAUCCAUUUAAGCAGGAUGAAAGCAGGUCUCUGCUAAAGGUAAAGGAUUAUGAUCAUAUGGUGAUGAAGACUAUUUGCUAUUAGCAGAUUUUUCUCAAUUGCUAGUUUUGUACAGUGGUAUAAAAGAUUGAGUUUAUACAUGUAAGGUAGAGACCUUAGAAUGACAUAUGUUAUCAGUACUAUAAUAUAGAUAAUCUGUUCUCAGCAGUAUUUGAAUUAAACUUAUUUCCUUUAGUCUCAGCCUUUUAUUCUGGAGUCAGGACAGAAAGACUGUCUUGACCAUUUUAGAUGGGACAAAAAUUGUUCAUCUUCAGAAUUUAUUUAAAUAACCUGUUGCUACAGGGUGCAACGAAUACUUAUAAAAACAGAUUUUUUAAUUUUUAUGCAAAUAAAUCCUUGACUCAUACGUUCUGGAGGAUAAGGCAUACUGGUACAGUGCAUUUGCAAGCUGUGUGACUUUGUAUAAGUUUAACUUUUCAGAGCUUCAGAUGUUUUCAUCUAUGAAAUUGUCAAGAUUGGAAGUACCUAGCACUGUGCCUGACAUACAGUAAACUUACAACAAAUAUUCCUCCAACAAAUAUUACAGAUUUUGUUAGGAAUUCAAGGCUUGAUAACACAGUCCCUGCCCUUACAAUGUAAUGGUGGAGAUGAAGUAAAGGAACAAAUACUGGCAACUGUUCUGUUAGAUGAAAGGCCAUGACGCGGAACCACCAUAGGACAUCUGAUCCAUAUUGGGGCUGUCAUGGAAGGCUGACAUCCUGAGUGGAGUCCUACAGAUACAGAAAUCAAUAGGCAAAGAAGAGGAACAAAGUAAUCCAGGAACAGAGACCACAUCUUCUAUGAUCCCUGAUUGGACUUUAUUUACUCUUAUUUUCUCCUGCGUAAACUACCCAUCCACACAGAAACCUACACCACCUUGGUUUGUCAAUGGAUUAAUACUAAAUAUAGUUCCUUUAAAUGAGUUGGAACUAUCUGCUACAUAAAUUUCAGUUUUGUCUAAGGAGGGGGAGGAGUGAAAUAAGUGAAUAGACAAUUACAGCAAAAGAACAUAAUAAGUGAAUAGCUGGCUGCAGUGAAAUGAACAAGGACUUUGGAGUCACACCUGGAUUUUAAUCCUGGUCCUGCUUCAUGUAGCUGUAUAAUCUUGACAAAUUACAUAAACUUCUUUUAACCUUGAUUUUCUCAUCAGUACUAACUUUAAGGGGACACCUAGGAGGAUCUUUAAAAAUGCACGUAAAGUUGCUGACCAGUGAUUUGUGCCCAAUAAAUGAUAAGAUUAUAAAUUGUUUCCCAGUAAAAGCCUGGAGGCAAGAGUGGAAAAUAAAGCUAAUUAUCAUUGAUCCAUUAUUUGCUAGUAAGGAAAUUCCACCUGAGGGCUUGAAAAAGUUUACACCCGACUUUUAUAUUUUACUUCCCUAGGGGUAGUUUGAUUAGGGGGAAAAAAAAAUCACAGUAAAAAAUACGCCAGUUAGGUUCAAAGUAAUUAUGAAUUGUUUAACAAAUACUAUUGUUCAACACCUGCCUGCAAGAAUAGGAAAAACAAAUGGACUACUGGGUGGCAGAAGUAAACACAAGAGUAGAGCACCAUGGAGGUUUUUUAUGUGGAUUGGGUUUAUGUGCGUUCGGUUGGUUUAGUAAAAUAAAUUUUAAAUACCUUGAA